AUGGUUCAAAUAAUCAUUUCAAGUAAGACUAAUGAGGGUCUGGAGGAGUGGUUACUGAUAGAGCUUCAAGGGGAGAUGGUGUCAAGACACAACACGGGUCUUGCAGGAAACCUAAUGGGGGAUUUGCAUUUCACUAAGGAGGGUGUUCCUGUGCUGAUUGUCGGACACCACAUCCUGUACGGGAAGCAGGUGAAACUGGAGAAGCCUUUUGCGGUGCUGACGAAGCACUCGGGCCUUCCUCGGGAGGAUGAGGAUGCCAUGGAGACCAGCGAGGAAAAGCCCACCUCUUACUCCGCCAUAGCACUCAUAAAGAAGAAGCUCAUUUUCAAAACUCGCCCCAAACCCAUCAUCACCAACGUCCCCAAGAAAGUCUAA